GAGAUGCAGCUCCUCGUCGGGCUCAAUGCCGCUCAGCGGGCUGCGGUGACCUCGCCGGCAUCUGUCCUCCAAGUGCUGGCCCCUCCAGGGUCCGGGAAAACAAAGACAUUGACGUGUCGAGUCGCCUACCUCGUUGCGCAUUAUGGUCAUAACCCGCAAAAUGUCAUCUGUUGCACCUUCACCAUCAAAGCCGCCAGGGAAAUGCGGGAAAGGCUGAGAGGCCUUGUCGGCUGUGAACUCGAGUCUAAGUUGGUUCUCGGGACCAUCCACUCCAUCUGUCGACGUUACCUAGUCGCAUACGGUCACCUCGUUGGGAUACCCAAGGGAUUUGGGAUUGCAGACACUUCAGACAGCAAUAGCAUAAUCAAGCGAAUCAUCAAGCGUCUCAAACUGUCGAUAGAACCAAAAACUGCGAGAGCCAGAAUUUCGAGCCACAAGGCAAAAGGGAAAACGUUGGAAGACCUUCCAAAGAAACCACCCAAAGAACUCAAGGACCAAGAGUUCAUAACCAUUUUCCACGAGUAUGAGGAGACAUUGGCAACUUCCAAACUACUAGACUACGACGACCUACUCUUGCGAUGUGUUGAUCUUCUGCGAGCAUACCCAGCUUGCGUGUCCAACAUCGAAGCGUUGUUGAUCGAUGAGUUUCAGGAUACCAACAUUGUGCAGUUCGAAUUGAUGAAAUUACUGGCAUCGGCAAACAGAAAAAUCACCAUUGUCGGUGAUCCGGACCAGAGCAUCUACGGAUUUCGAUCUGCAGAGAUCGAGAAUCUACGACGAAUGAAAGCCUUCUACCCCGAGACAGUGGUCAUCAAUCUGGAGGAAAACUACCGCUCUGCAUCGGCCGUGCUGAAACUUGCCCAGGCUGUCAUUGAACAAGACACCGACCGUCCGCAGAAGAAAAUGAAAGCGACACACUGCCAUGGAAGCCAGCCGGUGCUUCGGCGUCUGCCCAACCCGAAUGAGGAGGCCUUGUGGAUUGCUAGCGAGAUCAAGAGGACGAUGACCAUGACUGGAGGUCUAUUUCUGCACUCUGACUUUGCCAUUCUCCUUCGAUCGGCUUAUCUCUCAUUACUAAUUGAACGAGCGUUGGCAAACUCCGGCAUUCCUUACCGCAUGGUCGGUGGUCAACGUUUCUUUGACCGCGUGGAAAUCCGGAUCAUCAUCGACUACCUCCGCACUAUCAGCCAUCCUGACAACAAUCAGGCCUUUGUUGCCAUCAUAAACACACCACCACGCAAGAUUGGAGACACCUCGGUUGCCGAAAUGAUCAAGCUUGGGGAAGACCAUAAGCUUUCGCUCUGGGCUGUAGUGCAGAAGGUCCUCACGGGAGAUCUGAAGCCCGAAAAGAGGCUUUCGAAGCCUGCAGAACAGGAACUAGGCCGUCUGGUGGGUCUCAUUAGGACCGGCAGACAAAAGAUGAAUACGGUGCACCCUGCAGCUACGGUCCCCACGAAACUGAUCGAUUUCGUUGUCGAAUCUUUGGAUUUUGAGAAUUUUCUGAAGAAGAAAUACAAGGAUGACCACGAGGAUCGACUCGAGAACGUCAAAGAACUUAUUACUCAUGCCUCUGAGGUUCUGUUACAGAACGCCACUGAAGAACCUCUAGCGGCUGUAGAGGGCGUGGAACAGGAACUCUCCAAUGGUGGCCAGGAAGUCCUGGCUCAGUUUCUGGCGAACAUCGUCCUCUCGACCGAUGUUGAGAAUGCCGAGGAAGGCAAGGAUAAACCUCGCGUCACCAUCUCAACCAUUCACUCAGCCAAAGGUCUUGAGUGGCCCGUCGUAUUCAUUCCAGCUGUCUAUGAAGGCUCCAUUCCUCAUUCCCGGGCUGAGAACACUGAUGAAGAACGGCGACUGCUCUACGUCGCCAUGACACGAGCUCAGGCUCUUCUGACAAUGACUUUUCCUGUGAUGCAAUCCCGGGAUCAAGCCGAGUCCGUUCUUACUCAAUUUCUCCCGCUGAAAAUUCACCGUCAUCUCUCCCAAGUUGGUCCACUAUUCCAUGAUCGCGCAAUUCAAGAUAUAGCGAGCAUUCUUCGACGGCCUAUGCCAUCUCAGGAGGAUCUAGCAAAGAAUCUAGAAGGAAUCAAGGGCGAAGAAAGUCCUGCCGAUGACAUUUGGCCAGCCGAUGGCAGCCGCCGACCUACGCCGAUGCUUCCUGGCGUCACGCAAGGCAAUACAGAAUUCGGCAGGCCACUGGCAGAGGUCCUUGCUGCUCAAAAACAGCAAUCUCGGAGUUAUUCGACCUUUUCAAGACCAAAUAUCACGGCAAACUCUGCUGGCUCUGGAUUAAUCACCACCAUGACUAAUGUCGACGCCUUUUCUUCGUCAAACAUGUUGCUGGGCUUUACCACUGCCAGUCAUCAGCUCAAAAGCAGCGCCUCUAACCUCAGGAGAUCCUCGUCUGAUGUUCUCCCACCUCAGAAAAAGCCGAAACUAUCAAAGUCGCUUUCCGGACAGGGAAAUAUCGGGAGUUUCUUCUCAAGGCCCACUUCCCAAGCACCUCAAUUGCUGCAAUCGACUGUCCGACCGCACAUCCCCGGGCUAUAUAAACACGGAACUCCGGGUCAUGAAAGUGCGCUUUCUAACCAAAGCUGUGAAGAUCGAGGUAUAGCCACGCGUAGCAUCCCCGAGGAGUUGUCUUCGCAUGAAUUGAACUUCCGGAAUGGGAUGGUUCAAGGACGUCCUGCACCUUCGAAAGAACCAAGCACAAAUUCUAAGAAUCGGUAUGCUGGCUUGUACAGUUCAUCACCUCCCCCCAUUCCGCCGCAAGACCGGGAAUUGCAUGUUCCAGAGGAUGCUGCUGGUGGGAAUCAGACCCCGAGGGAUGCGAACGUUCCAAAGAAAGUGAUUGCAGGUGAUGCUUCAAUCACGUUCACGAAUUACACCCUCACCAAACCUGCGAGUACGAUGCACAAGACAACUAUGUCUUCGAUGGGAAAUAGCCGGUCGGCUUCGUCAAGUUUUGCUUCAGGAGUUGUUAGGAAGACACUUGGAGUUAGGCGUACUAUGAAUGGAUGGGAGAAUAGGAAGAACCGAUGAUUUCAUGUCCGCGGCCGAUUGCUGAGCUUGUGCCAAGUGGUUGUUGGCCUGAUACUUUGACUGUUUGCAUGACCAUCAACGACAUUACGAAGUUAUGACCGAGUGGAUCGAUUGGUUGAUGCGUUGAGGAUUUCUAAACACAUGGGGAUAUUCUUGACCUCCCGGUCCGUUGGCCAGCAUGUCGGGAUGCACUACGCCAUCCUAUACGCACGGAAGGUCAUCUUUGCCAAACAUGUGCAUCCACCGCAAUAUUAGAUCAGACUUGGAACACUGUACUACCACAUCAACUAUCCAUAGAUGCAA